CGCAGGACAUGCAUGAGUUAGAUGAUACAACUAUGAUUUCUCCGGAUUUAGAUAAAGCCUAUGUAGGAACACUUCUCAGCGUUUUUGUUUUAGAGGAGGAUUUGCGUCAGGAUGUGAAAGAUAAGCUCGGGUUAUUCUUGGAGAAGCUCGUAGAGAGUGGAAGGAGCACAAUGAAGCGAGUGAUGGAGCGCUCCAUAGAGGACGCAUUGCAGACUCUGAGGAAAAUCCCACCACCUUUUCUGCAGCACUUGACGUCUGAAAAUCACCGGCGCCUUGUUCAGGUCGUCCUAAGAUCACAGCUGGAUGCGGUGAACACGUCCACAUCGGCCUGCCGCAAACUAGACCAGAUGUUGCAACACCUGGCUCAGGUCAGUGAGUCUUUAGUGUUUGAAGAGGUCCAGCAAUGUCUCCAGAGACGACUCCAUCGGGAGCAGGUGUUGUCAUUAAAGGACCUUCAAAUACUGUGUAUGUUCCUGGAGGAGAGCGCGAUGGGCAGAGAAGGUUUAAGACGAGCGUUUCUGCCUCUGCUGAGUAAAAUCACCAUGUCGUUGCCUAACAUUAUGAACGACGAGGCAAAUAGAAAUGGUCCCCUGUGUUACCAGGCAGUCAAGAUGUGUCUGCAAAUGUUCCAGCUGCUGCCUGAGCAAGUGGUGCCUCUUGUCUUUUCCAAGCAGAAAGACAACCUGCAUAUGAGAGAGAUCCUGGAAUUCCUUAUUAAUAUAAUCCUGGGACAUGUUUGUAACAGGGACACGCGGCUGCUAGCAGGCACCGCUGUGGCCAUGCUGAUCUCUGUAGCACCGGACAAUGAGAGUGGAACUUCAGCAGCCUCGAGUUUACUCCAGAUUACCAACACGGAGCAGUGUUGUGUGACAGUAGGACAGUUGCAGGUAGACUGUUUUCCAAGAGGAUGUAAUGGAGUGAACAGACUCAGUGUAGCCAGAGGAUUCCUGACCUGCUUGAGAAAGAAUGUUCUCGUUCAACAGAGCGCCGGCAAACAGACCUGCCUCCUCCUACACGGCUUAUUUCCCCUCGUCUCCGAUUUGCUGCGAGAGAAACUGGACUGUCACUACUACGUGUUUCAAGUGUUUAUCUUGUGGCUGAAGUAUGUGAAAGACUGCCACCCUGAGAUUACGGAGAUCUCCGGUGCUCACUUGCUUGAUGAAGGAUCGAACCUUAGAGACAAACUCGCACAAAUCAUUUGGGACAAUGCUGAGAGCCCGGUAGAGGGCGUGUCUGAGUCAGUACGCACUGCCUUCAGUUUGUUUCUGGAGAUUUAUGAGCUGGACUGUCGGCUUUCUGGAGAUACUGAGAAACGACUUCAUGUGAAUUUACUGCACAGGAUUGCAGAGCUGCCGUGGGAGUCCAGGGCCAAAUACUCACCCCUAUGUGCCCUCCUGCCCUAUGUGGGUACAGACAAGGUCCUGGAGCAGUAUCCUUCUCUUCCAUCUCACAUCUCUAAGUGCCUCUCUGCUAAUCACCUCGCACCUGGGGCAUCCGAGAUCUACAAGUUGCUCCUUCAGGAGCAAAGACGCGAGCUUACGGUUAAUGCGCUGAAAGAUGCUCCGCCCACUGAGCAACACUUGGCUACCCAGUGGGUGCAGCGAUGGCAACCGACAGUCCUGAAAGCUCUGACCUCCGAUGUGACUCUGCUUCGGAAUAACGCCUCUAGCUACCUCCUGCCCUGCACCCUACGCUGCUUCCCGGGGGCAUUUGACACGCUGCUAGCCGCUCUAGACCUCGCUGCCCCGGGGCAUCUACGAGCGUGGGUGUGCAUCAUGAGCGCCCAGCGAGCAAACGGCGGACGUCUGUCCUUGAAUUCGGAGAACGACUUUGCCUUGGGGACGCUUCGGCUAGCCUUGUCGUCUCUCGACGACACGGUCCGGUUAGCAGCGUUCACCCUCAUCUGCUGUAGCCCGAAGUCGAAAGAGCCUCCGUUAGAAGUGGAAUGCGGUGCCAUGAGGGAGUUUCUUCCUUUUAACCUGAACAGCGAGUCGUCGCCGUUUCGUCAGCAGCUCCAGGCGGGGUUAAGGAAGUUCCUCGUGCGUAUUCGGGACCGCUGUAUGGCAAGCCUCAAAGGUCAGAAAUGUAAACGCGGCCUGAGCAAGGAACAAGAGAAAGAACUUCAACAAGGCAUAGAAUUCAUCGACUGGGUGGCGCAGGUGCCGUUAGUCUCCCUGGCUCCUGGGAACAGCUUCCAGAGGAAGAAGACGGCUCUCCUGCUGCUAGCUGCAGUUCUGGAGACCUGCUCAGACUCCUGGAGUCCAGACAGGAAGAAGGGUCAGCCACCAGCUAACAUGUCAGAGCUGAUAAACUACACAAGAGCCAGAGGGAAGUGGGAUUUCUACUGCCGCUCAAGACAGCUAGUCCUAAUCGGCUGUUUGGAGGACGUGACCAAUGAGAUCCGUGAGCAUGCGGCCGAGCUGCUGGUGAGAUUUUUCCCGCAGUCUCUCGAUUCUGAUGUCGCGAUCGCGCUUUUUAGCCGAGCACAGGCGCGUCUGCACAGCCCGCGUGUUCAGGAAGCCCAGACGGGGGCUCUGAUGAUGAAACUGCUGCUACAGAAGUGUGUGUCUCUGGCUGGUGUUUCAUCUCUGGCUGGUGCGGCGUCUCUGGAUGGUGCGGCGUCUCUGGCAGGUGGUAGGUCUCUGGAUGGUGCGGCAUCAGUCAGGCUGCUCAGACACCUGCUAAAGAGUCUGGAGCAGCAGUACCUAAUUGCCAGUCAGGACAUGCUGCUUGCUGCACGCUCAUCACCCCUACAUGGUGCGGUCAGCGCUGUUCACAAGUGUGUGCUGGACGUUCCUGGAGUUUUGGCUGAAGCUCUAGACCAGAGUAUGAUCUCAGAACUAGUCUCAUUGCUGGAAAAGAUCUCACUGCUGCUGCUUGGUGUGCUGUAUGGAGAUCAGAAUACAGAGGACAAAGAGGUCCCGCCUUCUUUCUGUGACAUGGGAAACGCCAUCAGCUCACUAAUUGGACCCAGUGGAGCAGGGCUGGAUGAUGAUGAUGAUGGAGAAGAGAACGUGCUGCUUUCAGAAGAGCACAGUCUGGUGCUGACCUGCUGCUGGGUCACGCUGAAGGAAAUUGGGAUUUUUCUUGGUUCACUGGUGGAGAGGAUUCUAUCAACCACCCAUAAGGACAUGACACUGUUAACUGUAGAAGAUCUGCAGAAGGCUUCGAAAGUCUUUAAGGACAUUAUUCUUAAAUGUAGACAUUGGGGGGCAGUGGAGGGCUGCUGCAUUGGAUUCACUAAAUUCUGCACCGCCCUCCUCAUCAGCACUGAUCCAAAGCACAGAGAGAUCCCAAACCGAAUUCUACAGCAGGGUCUGUGUGUCCUUCAGACACCCCGGAGUACAUCAGUGACGAGACGGGCAGCGGGUCUGCCGAUGCUUAUUCUUGGUGUGUUGGCAGCAGAGGAGAGUGGUACUUCCCACCCACUGCUGGCCCACAGCAUCCACACACUGCUGGAGACAGCCAGAGCCCCGCUGCCCCAGAACUGGGACCAGACCCUUGACCUGCCUCAGGUGUGUGCCGUUCACACAGUUCAGGCCCUAGUAAAAGGCUCCAGUCUGGGUUUAACUAUCCUUCAGUACGCCCCUGAGAUCACCAUGCUGUCCCUCUCACUUCUCAGUUCUCCUUCUUGGUCCAUGAGGAACGCUGCACUGCAGCUUUACAGUUCUCUCUGCUCCAGAAUGUUGGGUCAGAGGCCUGCUGGUGAAGAUGUCUCUGCCCAGUAUGGCAUGUCCUCCCCUGCCUUUUUCAAGCAUUAUCCCGCGUUAAAGCCGUUCCUCCUUGAGGCUUUACAAAGAGCAGCAGCGGACCUGCACGAAGCCAGACUAAGCCUUCACCCCUCUCUCUACCCGAUCCUAACCCUGCUGGCCAAGCUGCAGCCUGGAGCUCAGGAACAAACACAAGCUCUGUCAGACUUCCUGCCUCCACUGCUCCAGCUAGCUGCUAGCCCGGUAUAUGGCGUGCGAGCAAUGUCAGCCCAAUCCCUGGUUGCUAUGAUACCACCUACAGAGUAUGUGGCAAGAGUACUGAAAAUAGUGGAGGAGCUGCCCGAGAAGCCGAGUAGCCCGAGCUGUCACAACCGCGUGCAUGGCCAACUCCUACAGAUAAAGGCCAUCCUGACCAGAGUCCUUCACGCUGACAAUCCUCACCCAUCCUCUCUGUGUGGAGUGGGGGAGGCGAUGGAGGCUCGACUUUGGCUGGCGUCCCACAAGCAGAGAUGCCCUUUGGUGCGCCAGGCAUAUGUUUCCAUGCUGAGGCUGCUGAGAGAGAAGUGCACGAGGGCUUUCCUUACGAACCUCGGUACUCUGCUGAUGGAGGAGCUCCAUCGGACGCCACACGCUUUAGAGCUUGGCUCCGCCUCCUUCCACCGCAGUGCAGUGCACUACCUGUGCGACGAUCCUGACUGGGCAUGCCGGGUGUGGCCUCACCUGUCCGGUGGGAGUGCAGUUACUCGUCUCGCUGUGGUCACCUGGAUAAAAGAGGGGCGGGGCUGGAGAAAAAGCCACCUACAGCGCGAGCUGGAAAAAGCACUCCAGGUCAAUCUGAAGGAGGCGCUCUUGGAUCAGGAUGUUGAGUACAAGGGAGCGUACUUAUCAGCACUGGUGGAAGUCAUGACCCCGGAUGUGUUGAGUCAAACCCAGCCUCAGCGCCUCUUAUUCAAGCUUGAAGAGGCAGAGCUGCACGAGUCUGUCCAUCUUCUGUUAAAGGAUCUGGAAGAGAGCAGAGGAGGGCCAGAGUUCCUUUCUCAGACCCUGUGUGCUUUGUCUCUACUGCUUUCUCCAAGCACAGACUUGGCCGUACUGCAGCGCUGGUGUGUGUUAUUAGAAACACACAGACGUGCCGAGGCUCCUGAAGCUCUGCGACUGGCCUGUGCUCAGGCUCUGGCUCUGACCGGCGCUGCGAUAGUAGCCCACAGCCUGCAGUGCAGUGCCGCUUUAAAACCCCUCAGUACCAGGCUGAUCAGUACGGGCGUGCACCUACUGCAGGAUCAGAGUCAACUAGUGAGAGCCCAGGCCGCCAUCUUUGCUUCUGUCAUCCGCGAGUCUCAAACAGGAGAAACGCCACCGAAGUGCUUCCUCAUGCAGAGCAACCAAUCGCUGCGUAUACUGCUGGACCGGCUGCUGGGGGAAUUCUGGGACAGCGAGGACACUUUGGAAGCUGUGGUGUGUCAUUUGCCAGAUUGGGAUGUCAGAAGUGUACUUCAGGAGGCCAAGCUCUCACAAAGCAACAGUCUGUACGAGCAGGACAACGCAAACAUGUUUUUGGAGCCCUCUGUGAUUUCCGAGACCGUGCUGCCAUAUUUGCUUUGCCUGGCAAAACGAUACCCAGAAUCCUCUGUUGUUGCCAAGACUCUUGAUCAGUGGGAGGAAGAAAAUACAGUGUCUGUCAGAGAGAACCUCAGCAUCUGCGCCAAGCUUCAAUUAGGUGAAACCCUGGAUUCUGAUUGGCUGAGUGUACUGAUGGAGCCGCGUUUCCAUGGCGCCCUUUGUGGGCUCUACGCCAAAGCUGCCUUUCUGCUGCAGAUAAUCAGCGUUUGUAAUAAACCACGACCCCCAGUUGACCCUUCAGUCUUAGCGCAGGACCUGCUGGAUUUACACAAACGGCUUGGUCUGGGUGGAGUUCAUAUCGCGGACAGUUUUCUUAACGCCAUUAAAAACAAAACGCGUCUAAAUUGAUGCAAAUGGAUUUGAGAUUGUAGUAUUGUAGCUUCUGCUACUUUUGGAUUUUGGUCGUGACUGUGGGUUUAUGCUCUAAAACUCUAUGGGCUAUAUGUCUUCCAGAUAAAGUGCAGGUACAGCGAUGGACAAAGAGUCAGUAUUACCCUGAUGAGUAAAAGAUGGUGUGGUUCUUAAACGGCAGGCAGUAUCGCUGCGCAUGGACCCGGAUCGUAUUACAGUGAAUGCAGGCAACUUUAUUUAAAGGACUACUGAAAUAAGUUCAGAAUUCUGGUAGAUUUCUUUUUUAAUUCUUUCCACCCAUUAUAUUAAAAGCCUGGGUAGUAUACAGUACAUUUUCGUCUUUAGCAGCACUGCACUGUGCGCAAGCACCACAUACUGAAAUAGACAACCCUAAAGGUGCAAUGUGUUAAAAGAUCUUGAUCAGAGGACAAGCACAAGGAAUGUUUUCCUGCACCUGCACUUCACCUAGUGAGCAGCAGGGGGCUCUCCAAUGUUUAGACUGCUCCUUUAAUUAUGAGCCUUUAAUCGUAUGCUAGAACACUCUUUACCACAACCCCCAGGAAGUAGAUUAUUUUGAAUCAGUGUUUAUUUAUAACUUGUUGAUAUCUGGUUUUCUUGAUAUGUUAAGAUGAUGUGUUGAAUAAAUCUUUUUAACUUG